CUUUAUAUUCUUCUCAAUUGAAUCUACUACUACUACUACUACUACUACUACUACUACUACUACUACUACUACUCUACUUAGCCGAGUGAUAGUCUUGCUGUAAACAUAGUAAAAAAUAGAAUGAAAAUAGAAAAAGAUAAUAAUAAUAAAAUGUAAAGAAACGAAAACAAGAAAAAAGUAGAAUACAUAUUUAAUUAACAACAACUACUAUUAUAUUUCUACUAGACUUGUCACUUGCUAACACACCUAAGCCUGAGGAGGGAGUGCGUGCCUGCCUGGUAGUGGUGGUGGUGGUGGUGGUGUCCUGUGGUGUCACGCCUGAGCAGCCCCCAGUCAUGUUCUCCAGUCACAAUGAUGCGGCGACCAGUUUCUCCUCCACCUGGAAAACUGAACAGUCACAGACAUCAGGCGGCACCCAGACAGAUGAGGUCAGGACUGAGGAGAGUGAGUGUCAGGUCGUUGAGCAGAUUGAGGCUGGAGUGCAAACAGAGGAGGAGGAGACCAGGAGCCUUGGAACACCACAGUACAAUGAGGCAUCUCUCUCAGAGUUCCUCAAGCGCAUCACACCUAAAGUGCUGCAGGAGCUGGACCGGCAGGCGCGUAGUCAGGCAUUCCUCGGCUAUGGUGCUGUGGAGGAGGAGGCGGCCUCAGGGGUACGGCUGCUGCACACCCUCCGCUGCAGCCACAAUGACCCUGAGUGUGUGGUGUCUAGCGUGGCGUGGAGCAGCACCGGGUCAGUGAUUGGCGUCACGUUUGGGGCGGUGGAGCAUCAGGACUGGUGCGGCCACAAGGGAGCCGUGGCCGUGUGGAACAUUAACCGCAGUGACUUUGACGCCAACCAGCCAGAGAGAACCAUCGAGGCCUCAUCCUGUGUGCUGAGUCUGGCCUUCCACCCCUCCAACCCGGCACUCUUUGCUGCUGGCACUUUCAAUGGAGAAGUCCUUGUUUAUGACCUGUCCCACACGGAGGAGGACCCCUUGGCUGUUGGGGAGUGUGGGGGUGGUGGGGUGACAACACUGGCAUGGGUGGAGCUGGAGGGGUCAGAGGAGGAGAUGGCGCCCCCACGUGCCCCCCACACCCUUGCUGCCACCACCACCACCGGUCAAGUGCUGGUGUGGUCACUGAACCUCACCAAGCAGCAGCUGACCCUCAAGGCUGGGUACAUGGUGAGGACUCAGGACAUCCCCAGGGGUGUGAGGACCCAAGUAGGGGAGGACAGUGGGGUGGGCAUUGCAACCGCCUCCUACAGCCAUGACGACCCCUCUCUGUUUGUGCUGGGCGGGGAGGGAGGCAGCCUCUUCCUGUGCUCUGCUAACUCUGAGGCACCCACAGUAAUGGACUUCUCUGGCAUUGGUCUGCGGCGGUGUGUGACGGCCUGCCUGGCGCCUCACACCGGCAAGGUCGUGGAGGCUCAGUUUUCACCCCACCACCGCCAUGCCCUUCUUUCAGCAGCUUCAGACAGCCAAAUCCGCCUGUACUCCCUCCUGCAGCCCAACAAGCCAGUCACCACCACACACAGCGAGGAACCAGUGACGUGUGCUCAGUGGUCACCCUCACGCCCUCUUGUGUUUGCCGCUGGUCUUGCCUCAGGUCAGGUUGCCUUGUAUGACCUGGACACACGAGCCAGCCGUCAGCCCUUCUUGACUCUCAUCACCCCUGACAAAGCUGCUCCUGCCACUGCUCUUUGUUUUAAUCACCGGAACAUGAGUCUGCUAGGUGUUGGAGAUGCACUGGGUAGAGUUGGGGUAUGGCAGCUCCCCCACCAGGCUGUCUCCCCACUCCCUGCUGAGCUGUCAUCUUUACAGAGCCUCCUUGACAUCUUGAAGGACUAACACCACCACACAACAACACCACUACACCACAACAGCAGCAUCUGUCAUCUCCAUACCAAGACAAUUACCUGGAUUACAUUAUUAUAGCUACAUUCCUCCUAUGUACACGCACGUAGAGUUUAAGUAAAUAAGCUUUCUAUGUGUAUUCCUUGUCAGUGCUUACAAGAAAGGUGUUGUUACUUCUGACAAGCCUUUUGCUGUUGUGUAUGUGUGUUGGUGCAUGCUUCAUGUUCACCUGUGUGUGUAUGUAUUCUGAUGUUAUGGUUGUGAUGAUUAAUACAAGUCAUGCAAAG